UUGGGGCCUGUGGAUGGUGUCCUGUCCCUCUGGCCCCUCUGGCUGCUGUCUGUUGAUCCUAUUGUCUUCUGCAUUAACACUCGUGGUCUGGUGCAUAAAGGGCAUCUGGUUAGCAGCUUAGACUCUACAGCAGGCAUGAAAAGCAGCCAUCAUAGCCCAUUCGCUCACAUCUGCUCAGUGGUGCGACAAGGACGUGGUCUGAGUCUGGGUGACUGGGGGACAGGAGUUCAAUUCGCCCCACGGGCCCCAGGAGCACAGACUGAACUGGACCGCACUGGACCCUCCGCUGUGCAAAGGUGACCAUUUAAACUCAGCUCACUUUGGCUUUAUUUUUUAUGCAAUAGCUUUUUUUUGUCCAGAUUUGGUUUAUGUCUAAGAUAGCUUAAACCAUUGAAUGCGAGUCUAUUGGUUACAUGUUUUGGCAAUGGCAUAUCUGAGUCUUGCAGUUGUUUCCUGAUCCUUUUUGUAAAUGGUUUUGUUUUUAAAGAAGUUUACUGAUUAAUGAGAAGGUUCAUUUGAAAAAUAUUUUUUGUAACAUCUCAAGAAUAACUUUAUUAUGAAUCUCUGUAUAUAAAAAACAACCGAAAGCGUAUAUUAUUCAGGUUUAUGUAAAAUAACUUAAAAAGACGCGGACCAUCUUGUUUCUCCCUAAUUCCCAUUUGUCUUUCUUGUGCACAGCUAACACACAAACAUGGGAGACUGGAGCUCCUUGGGUAAUAUUUUGGAGGAAGUAAAUGAACACUCCACUGUGAUUGGCCGUGUUUGGCUCACAGUUCUUUUCAUUUUCCGCAUUUUAAUUCUGGGAACGGCGGCAGAGUUUGUUUGGGGAGACGAGCAGUCUGAUUACGUAUGCAACACUCAGCAGCCAGGUUGCGAGAAUGUGUGUUACGACGAGGCCUUUCCAAUCUCCCAUAUCCGUCUAUGGGUGUUACAAAUCAUUUUUGUGUCCACUCCUUCGCUCGUAUACGUCGGCCAUGCUGUCCAUUACAUCCACAUGGAGGAAAAGCGAAAGGAGCGUGAAGAAGCCGAGGUUAGCCACCAACAGGAAAUAGGCGAAGAGCGUCUUCCGCUUCCAGAUCAGGGAAGUGUUCGGACCACCAAGGAAACUAGCACAAAAGGUAGCAAAAAGUUCAGACUCGAAGGCACUCUACUCUUCACCUACAUAUGCCAUAUAAUCUUCAAAGCUCUUUUUGAAGUAGGCUUCGUAGUUGGACAGUACUUCCUCUAUGGUUUCCGCAUCCUACCACUGUACAAGUGCAGUCGUUGGCCCUGCCCCAACACGGUGGACUGCUACGUCUCCCGGCCCACUGAAAAGACCAUCUUCAUCAUUUUUAUGCUUGCAGUUGCUUGCGUUUCACUGUUCCUCAACUUUGUGGAGAUCAGCCACCUCGCCUUAAAGAAGAUCCGAUUUGUUUUUCACCGACCAGCUCCGGCACAAUUGGAGUCUCUUGGACCACCUGAGAGGAGCUUACCGUUUCUCCUGACCACCCCUGUUGAAAAAGCCAAGGGUUACAGGCGCCUUGAAGAGGAGAAGAAAGAUGAGGUGGCACACAUAUAUCCACUAGCUGAGGUCGGUAUGGAAGAGGGCCAAUUCUUCUCACCUCAGCUGGAGAAGGAGAAGAAAAGGAGUCAGGAGGUGGUUAUGCCAACAGUGCCACCUGUAGAGGAGACAAUUAUAUGCGAUGAGACUCAACCCUACUUCAUUCAGGUCACUGAGACACUGUCAGAGCUUCCACCAGAAGAGCUACUUCGGGAAGGAGAUGAGGUAGACAGCAUAAAGACUCCAACAGCUUUACCAGAAGUACUGGAGGAGCGUUCAGAAGUGGAAAGCAUGGAGGAAACGUAUUUAAUAUCACUUGAGGAGAGUUUGGAUAUAGAUCUAGUAGAACUGGUCUGUAGAGAGGUGACUGAGGAAAAGUCAGCGAAGGAGAGUAGCUUGAUAGAUGUUGAGCAAACACAAGAAGAAAAACUUUCAGGAUCUGAAGAAGAAAAGGAAAUCUCACAGGAAAUUGAGGAAAAAGAGAUUAACACCUUUGAGGUCCAGGAGUUGAAGGAAGAAGGGAGUUUACCUGAUGUGGCUGAGGAAGAGACAGCAGGUGAGGUGUCUGAUGAAGAGAGAGAAUUUUGUGAAAUUGAACCUUUUGUGAAUGAGGACAUUUUGGAAAAGGUGAAAACUUUAGAUGCUGGUGAGAUAACUGAGGUUCUGGACGUGUCUAAAAUAUCUGAGGGCGAGCAAGAGUCUGAGGCUUUUGGAGAGGUUGCAGGGUCAAACUUAUCUGACAUAGAGCCCAUUGAGGAUGAAGUGGAUAUGGGAGGAGACACAUCUAAGGGGGGUGAAGAAGAUCUAGAAGGGGAUGGAGUUCAACUGGAUGCAGUAGACUCAGAAGUGGCAAAAGCUUUAGAGGAAGUAGUAGAUAUUGUAAAGGAUGAAUCUAUAGAGGGUCUAGUGGAUCCAGGAAGAAGUUGUGAGUUACAAGAUGUAUUACAUACAGGUAAGGAUGAAGAUUUAGAAAAUCUAAAUGAAGUUAGACCUUUUGAUACCGCAGUCAAUAAAGGUGAGGAGGUUUUAGAACAGGUGGAAACUUUGGAAAAGGAGGAGGUAUCUUUGAGCAUAGAAGAUCCAGUGGAGGUUCAAGUCUCUAGGGAGUGUGAUGUGUCAGGGAAAAAGGAUUCUGUGGAAAUUGUAGACCCAGAAAAGGAGGAAUGUUCUGAAGAAAUUAAGGCUGUGGAGGCCACACAGGAGAUGACAGAUGUUUCUCUGGAACUAGAGAAAACAGAGGAAUCGAGAUCAUUAAGUCGUCUCAGCAAAGGUAGCAGUAGAGCCAGGUCAGAUGAUCUUACAAUAUGAAGAAGAAACUUGACAUAGAACAAUUCCCAAGUGCCACAUUAUCAGGUGAAUCAUUGCACGUGCAUGUUUUCUUGAUCAGGGUUUUUUUUUCAUGAAAUGCCCAAAGUAUGAUCAUCCCCUUGCAGAGGAAUCUCAUACUGGAUGUAUAUACUUUAGGUAUAAAAACCCAUUUAUAUUGUAUGAGAAAAAAUAUUAGGAAUAUCACUGUGACCACCUAGGAGUUCUGAAUACAAAUUUAUUGUAUCCAGAAAUGUAUUAUCUAGUAGUAUUCUAGAUGAUACAAAAUUAAUCUAAAAAGAAAGCCAAAGGUACAAAAAAAUCAAGAACAAUUAAUAAUUUGUAUAUUAUGGAAAUAAAAAAUUACAAUCUUCAUUCUAAAAGUAGUAGCUUAUUUCUCACAGUGGAAAAUAUUUUUCAGUGAAAGGACAUACUUUUCAAACACAAUUUAAAUAUCCUUUUUUUAAUCUUGCUUUUCAGAAAGACCCUUCGUUUAUUUAUUCCACUUAUACUGUAAAUCAAAUGCAAGAUAAUAAUAGAGAGUGGCAUUCAGAAUUUCUAUCUGUCUAUUGCUUUGACUAUUUAUGUUAAUCUAUACAUUUGCCUAUUAUUGUUUUAUGAUUAUCCUGGGCCAUAAUAAUUGUGUUGUUGUUAAUAUCUCUUAUCUACAAUCAAUUUGUUUACAGCAUUUACAUUCCUUUCCAGUAACAUCUGAAAUGCUGACACAAAGAUCAUUAAAAAGACAGAAUAUUGUAAAUGAGAACUGGUAGGGUUUGAAUGCAGGUAACAAGACUAAUACUUAUAUGGACUGUAUCACCAAAAAAAAUACCUGUUUUUUUUUUUUUUUUUUUUUGAAGAUGCUAAAUAAAGAUAGCACACUGACUGAUGACCACUUGUGCUGUUUGUAUUCCUAUAAAUAUGACAUCAACUACUUUUUUUCAAAGUGCAAUAAAACUGUAUUUGCAGAAAAAAUAUAAACAUAGUGACAUUUUAUAAAAACUACAUUUGUGACAUCUAGUGGUCAUGCACUGAAAGAAUAACAACCUAAAGAAAAUUACAGUACAAACUCAGGAGAAUUGAAAGUUGAAGUUGAAACGUAAAAAAUCUCAAAGCAACCCUUCUUCAAACCAAAACAAAACAGGAAAAAGAACAUGAAAUGUGUCAAAAUAUUUUUUUAGUAUGAGUGUGACAUUGUGGGUGUUUGCAACUUCAGACACAUAUUUUGCAACCUUGACACAAACAGGUCCAUCAUACAUUUGCAAAGUGUGUCUACUGUGCGCUGACAUAUUAGUUAUACAGUGAUGCCAAGGUGAGGAUUUGAUAAUUAGGUCUUUCAAAAGAUGCAGUUCAACUGAUGAUUGUCAACCUAGAAAUGGAAAGAAAAUAUAGUCACUGAAAACAACCUUCUACUGUUAUUUUUCCUUUCCCAUGCUUUCUUCGGUUCUCUUUCCAGAUGAUGAAAUGUUUCCAUAUGAAGGAAGAAUUUCAACUCUCCCUUUCUUGUAAAUGCAGCUUCUUAUGCUUACAUGAAGUGUGAAAUUACCUAUAAUAAAUUGUCCGCAAUUAUAUAACAUUUCAAGAGAUAAGGCUGAUUGUCACCAAGCCAGCAGAGGGAGCCCUUACCUCUGGAUGACCUGUGUUCACUCCCUCUGCUGCUACUUCCUGUUUUGAGACUAGAAAUUCUGAAGCGGGCCCCUCACUUGCAGGUUGCAUUGUUUGUUUGUUCAUGGUUAGUCUAGCCUUGUGUUUCCCUUGUCGUAGAUUCUUUGGUUUUGACCCUGCCUGUCUUUAAUCUCUUUGAUCGUUUGCUGCCUGACCCGACCUCUGCCUGUUUUUGAAUU